CGGCGCGAUCGUCGUCGGGGUUGGCGGCAGCAGAGGGGGCGGCGGCCGUGGCAGCCGCGGCGUCAGCAUUCGUGACGGCGGUGGCGGAGGCGCGAAACUUGGGUCGACGGGAAUGAGGCGGCCGCGGCCGGCGAGCGGCGGAGCAGUGUAGCGGAGAAAGCGGCUCCCUCCCCUCUCCUCGCUGCUGUCCUCGGCCGUCCCGCGAGCGCGCGCGUGCGCGGCCGCCCCGAGCAGGCUCCCCGCCCCUCGACUCCGCGACCCGCACCGCUCUCCCACCCGCGCCCGGAGGAUGAUGAAGCUCAAGUCGAACCAGACUCGUACCUAUGACGGCGACGGCUACAAGAAGCGGGCCGCGUGCCUGUGUUUCCGUAGCGAGAGUGAGGAGGAGGUGCUGCUUGUGAGCAGUAGUCGCCAUCCAGACCGAUGGAUUGUCCCUGGAGGAGGCAUGGAGCCUGAGGAGGAGCCAAGUGUGGCAGCAGUUCGUGAAGUCUGUGAGGAGGCUGGAGUAAAAGGGACAUUGGGAAGAUUAGUUGGGAUUUUUGAGUCCUUUUUCUUAAAAAGUUUCUUUCUCUCUGCCUCCGCAGGAAGGAAGCGGGAAUGGUUUAAAAUAGAAGAUGCUGUAAAAGUGCUGCAGUAUCACAAACCUGUGCAGGCCUCGUAUUUUGAGACGUUGAGGCAAGGCUACUCCGCCAACAACGGCACCCCAGUGGUGGCCCCCACAUACUCAGUUUCUUCUCAGAGCUCGAUGUCAGGCAUCAGAUGACUGAAGACUUCCUGUCAGAGAUGGAAAUUGGAAACUAGACUGAAGUGCAGAUCCUCCCUUUCACCCUGGCUCUCUUCACCUCUUCACAGACCUCUUCUUUCAAAAAGGCAUGAUGGGCCGCAGAGAGGGGCAUAUUGAUAAUGUUGCUGUUUGGUGUUAAGUGAUGGGCUUUUCUUCUUUCUAUUGAGGGUGGGGGCUGGGGAAGUAAUAUGUAAGUACUUUUGUGCAUGAACUGUCUCUCCUUUUCUCACUCCUCCCCCCCUAAAGAGAAGCAAAUCGUUUUUCCUACCUUGGGUUCUGAAGUAUUCCUGUUUGUCUCAUCCCAACCUGACCAGACAUUUUCUCUGAUUUUUAUUUUUUUUUAUUAAAAGAUACCAAUGUAAGAUGAAA